AUGGUGCUGGUGGUGGCUGUCGUGCUGCUGCUCCUGGCACUGCUGCCACCGGUGUCGAUGCUGCAGGACGCAGGAGCACUGCAGGGGAACCCAGAGCCAGACCCCUCCACGCCAGCCCUGCUCCGUCUGUCCGACACGCUGCUGGCUCACUACAGGAGGGGAGUCCGACCCGUGCGGGACUGGCGCACCACCACCACUGUGGCCAUCGAUGUCAUGGUGUAUGCCAUCCUCAGCGUGGAUGAGAAAAACCAGGUGCUGACCACCUACAUCUGGUACAGACAGCACUGGACGGAUGAGUUCCUCCAGUGGGAUCCAGCACACUUCGACAACAUCACGCAGAUUUCCCUCCCUGCGGAGAGCAUCUGGGUGCCCGACAUCCUCAUCAACGAGUUCGUGGAUGUUGGGAAGUCCCCCGAUGUCCCCUACGUCUACGUUCGCCACCACGGAGAGGUCCAGAACCUCAAGCCCAUCCAAGUGGUGACAGCCUGCAGCUUGGACAUCUACAAUUUCCCCUUCGACGUCCAGAACUGCUCGCUUACCUUCACCAGCUGGCUGCACAACAUCCACGACAUCAACCUCUCGCUGUGGCGGCAGCCGGAGCUGGUGAAAUUCGACAGGAGCGUCUUCAUGAACCAGGGCGAGUGGGAGCUGCUGUACGUGCUCAGCCACUUCCAGGAGUUCAGCGUCAAAAGCAGCGACAGCUACGCCGAGAUGAAGUUCUACGUCGUCAUCCGGAGGCGUCCUCUCUUCUAUACCAUCAACCUGCUGCUCCCUAGUAUCUUCUUGAUGGUGAUGGACAUUGUAGGCUUCUACCUGCCUCCCAACAGUGGCGAGAGGGUCUCUUUCAAGAUCACUCUCCUCCUGGGCUACUCAGUUUUCCUCAUCAUCGUAUCUGACACGCUUCCAGCUACUGCUGUUGGCACCCCACUGAUAGGCAUCUAUUUUGUGGUGUGCAUGGCGUUGCUCGUCAUCAGCCUCACAGAGACCAUCUUCAUUGUGCGCCUGGUACACAAGCAAGACCUGCAGCCUCACGUCCCCAGCUGGGUGAAGCACUUACUGCUGGAACGUGCCACUGCACUGCUCUGCAUCUGGGACAGGAAGAAAUUCAGCCAAAGCAGAACACAGAGCUCAGACAUCUCCAGGCACGUGGAGAACAAUGACAGCACAGCCAAACUGAACCACUACGGUUCUGAAGACCCUCGGGAGCGAGAGGUGGCAGGAAGCACAAGGCCCACCCCUGCCUCUGCCACUCCAGCAGAGGGCUCUCUGCUCAUUCACAGCAUCCUGCACGAGAUCACCACCAUCCGCCAGUUCCUCGAGAAGCGUGAUGAAUUUCGUGAUGUCGCCCGUGAGUGGCUGCAAGUGGGCUACGUGUUGGAUGUUCUGCUCUUCCGAGCAUACCUGGUGGCUGUCCUGGCCUACACCAUCACACUGGGCACACUCUGGUCGGUGUGGCAGUAUGCCUGAGCUGCAUUUUGGGGCAGGCAAGAGAUCCAGACCGGUGCAAUUAGCCCACUUCCAGUAGCUCUAGAGCAGCAGCAUCUGAGCACUAAGAUAAGGGCUGAGGAAAAGCAAGCAAGCAACGAGCACACCUACCCCAACCGAACCGCCGUCAUCUCCAGUCGAGCUCCUUUCCCCUCCUCUCACCUCACAAGGGCUUCCCGGAUGGCUGCAGCCUCUGCACCCAUCUCCCCCUCCCCUCGGCCGGGACAGGGCCACGAGCACGGCGCGGCCCCGCUCCCACCCGGCGCUUCAGCACCAUGGACAGCGGCACCGGCACAGUCCGGCGGCGGCCGCUCCCGUCGGGGCUCCCCGGUGCCAUCCAUCCCCCCGAGCUCCGCUGGGCGAGGACCGACACAGCUGCCCCCGGGGCUCAGCCCUCACCUUGCCCAGUGGAGUCCAUCAGGAUGCCCACCCCUCCCUCCUCCCUUCCCUAGGGUGUUUUCCUGCUCCCUCCUCCGUCUCGGGGCCACCCACCUCCUUCCCAGUCCCACCUCCACCUUCAUCACGCAGCCUGCUGUGGCAGAGGGACGUGGAUCUGUCCUCCACGCAGGGCUGCGCUCACCAGCUCCACUCACCCUGCACGAAGCACUGGAAGCUGCACACCUGUUUCUUGUUCUUUGUUACUGCUUCACCAGAGCCAGAGGCUCAUCAGGUCCUGCAUGUCUAUGUCUCCCCUUCUCCUGAGUACUUCUGCAUGCUUGCCUGGCAGAUCCCCUCUGCAUUCCUACCCAUCAGUACAGUAACUGGGAGAGAACUAGCAGAUGGAGAAAAAAACAAACAAACAAAAACAGUGCAAGUGGAUCUGUCUCCAUAGGAAUGCAAUACUGGAAGAGACCAACAGGGUUACCUGUCUUGGUCCUCCACUAAUGCAGGCUUCCAAAGCUGUCAUAUAUAAGCAUGUUCCCUCUGUGCACCUCUGCCAGGGCAGAGGCGUGGAGCUGCUGUCUAACAGGAGAGAAAAGGAGCUCCUGCAUCUCAGAACAGCAGGACUGGGAUUUGAGCCAAAAACUGUAAAGAGCUGCUCUGCCCAAUGCGAUACCUGCACAGUGUGUUUGCAAACUGGGGGUAGUGUGUCAGGCAGCUGUGAUGUCUGCCAAGAGAAAAAGCCAAACUGAUGGCAUUUUCAGGGUGGUUCCUGAAACCCUGUGCAGAUACAGAUGUGCACUUCACACUGGUUCCUUACCUGAGCAUCCAGCGCAGGCAACAUCCUCUAAAGUGCUGGUGAUGAAUGGAGGCCUCAUCCUGUUUGCUCUGGUAGCUCCUUGACAGGAACACAGAUAUCACAGUGUCUGGCAACUCUGUGUUCACUCUCAAGCCCACCAACCCCGAUCCACAGGCCAGACACCCUCCCAGGCCUUCACAUGCAGGAAAACUCCCUGCUAAGUGACAGGAGGGCUGCUGGCCGGGUGGUGUGGACUCCUGGCAGCCCCGACCAGCGCUAAUGUGCUGAUGGUCUGUAAGUGGCUGGCUAUUGAUGAGGUGUCCAGUUAAAGAGUUUGUGAGACACUAAAUCAGCCCAUUGAUCCUACCGAGAUCGAUGGUGCUACAGACCUGAUCACUGCAGCGGGCAAUUAACACCCUCUGGAAUGAGCUGCCUUCAUGUAACAUCAAACGCUCCAACAGACAAAUCCAAUGGGCCCAUUGAACCGGGCGUGCGAUGCCUCCCGCCCGCACGAGACCUGGGCUGAGGUCGGUGGGACCACUGCAUCGCCUUCCUCAGCCAUGCCCCAUGGACACCCUCUGCCCCAUGGCUCACCUGUACCACCACAGCUCCCACGGACAACACUUCUCCGGCCAUCUGGUCCCAACGUGACUCGAUCCCAGUGCAGAGCUGCUAACCCUCACCUGCUCCACAGGUCACCAUGGGAAAGGAGUUAAGCCAGAGCAGGAAGAGGCAUCCAGGCUUUCUCCCUUUCAGAUUAGUGCUGUUCCCUCACACCGCUUUGGGAAGUGCUGCAUGCAGGAAAAGUUACAGGCAUCUCUCCGAGAUGAGCCUGGAUUUUCCUCUAAACAACAACAAAAAAAUCAAUAAAUCUGAAUCUAAUCUACUAAUAAAGGUUUAAUGAGGACAUAAUGUUGAUGGAACAGAACAUUGUUGCAGCAUAAUCACUCCCAGCUGCUGUGUGAAUGUGCAGACAAAGGCCCAGUCCUAUGACAAUUUCCCUGUUAUAAUAACUCCUUUGUAUAAAGCCAAACGCUGCAGCGGGAUCUUAUCCCUUCCUCCACGAGGGAUGGUGCAGACAGCAGGUUGCUGCAAGCAGGACACCUCCACCAGGGGUGUCCAACACAUCCCUAGGAGGGGCUGUGCCAAGAGGCAACACCAGAGGCAGUUGCCACUUGGAGGCUCACGCGUUGCCACCAGCACUUCCAUGGGCCAGGAGCCACUUAUGCUGGCUAUGCCCUGCAGCGGGACCCACAGAGCAGAGGAUGGGGCACAGCUGUCCUGGGGGAGCUGGAGCCCUGUGGGAGCCUUGGGGUGGGCACACUGCUCCCUCAUCCCAGGGCACAGGAAGAACCCACGCUCACAGCAGUGCAUUGCAUCCAUCACCUGAAAAAUAAAUGAUACAUUACAUGGAGUGACUGCACUGGGACUGCUAUACGAUGGGCAUGUAACUGCAUCCUGGCCCCCGGGGGGGGGGCAACAAAGGUGGGAGGGAGCACAGCUCGCAGUGCACCAGGCUGAGUGCCGCAUGCCAUACAGCGACAUAAAAGGAGUGCAGACUUUGCUGUUAAUGUAGUCAGUAAAUAAAUAAAGGAGGGCUUAAGCUUAGUGUACAGCAAUCAGUUUAGAACUACAGGAUAAUUAACACAGCGGGGGGCCAGACUACUCUGCAGUCAGGUUUAAAUGAACGAGUUCACUUUCAUUGAGGCAAACUCGCUCCGCUCCCCGGCGAGCUGUGCGUGCAGCAGCAGUGCCUGCAUUGGCAGCAGCAAGCGGGGCCAAGGGCUGCACCCCAUGCACCCCACAGCAGCAGGGAGCCCCUGUGUGGGCUUCUUGCUGUGAAUCCUCCUCUUGCUGUUUGCUCCUACAUCACCCAGGCAGCCUGCAACCAGCCCUGCCACCUUCCCAAGUAAUGCAAAUGCACCUGUGCAUGCACCAUCCCAGCAAGGCAGAGACAGCCUUGGGUGGGAACAGCACCCACAUGGGGUGGGAACGGCCCUUUUGGCUCCAGAAGCAGAAUGGCAGAGCUGUAGAUGCUGCCGCUGCUCUCCUCAAACAGGAAAAAUAAAGGACAGCAGCAAAUCACCCUGUCAAGCAUCAUGCGGCGCACGAUGAAACGGUCUCCAGGGAUGCCAAGGGACUUUAAAACAGGAGGCACGUUUCAUUUUCUGCCACUGUAAGGGCCCUCUCCUAUGCCAAAGCACGGAGGGAGCCCUGCAUAAAUAAGAAGGAAGCUUUUUAGGAGUUCGUGGCUCUUAAUGAAAAAGAAAUUCUGGAGAGCCACGAUCACAUACCUCCAUUUUCCCUGGAAAAGCGCCUUCCAGGCUGCACACCCUCAGAAAAACAGCAGCUCCUGCUUGCCAUGCUGGACCCCCAUCCCUCCAGGCUCACAGCGGUGGGAUUCGCUCCCUGCAGCAUCCAUCUCUGAGACAGUAUCUGGGUCUGGGGGUGCGCAGGGAUGGGUCCCCCCAUCCACCCAGCCCUCCUCACCCGUGCCCUCCAGCACUGGUCAGGAUGCUUGACCUGCACCAUAGGAACACCCAACGCCAACAGCACAGCGCUGGAGGGCUCUGCUGCCACCACAUCCUCCUCUUCCUCCUCCCAGGGCUGACAUCCGAGCACAGAACAGCGACAGGAGACAGCAGGCUGAGACAACUGAAUUAACUUUAUUGUUUCUUCUAACUGCAGAUUCAAGGUAUACAACUGAACAUUGCUAUUUUCCUUAUGAGACUUAUAAAUAAAAAUACAAAAAAUGUCCACUACAAAAAAAUCUACUGUUAGUAGGAUGUAAAAAAUAUUCUCUUUGCUAUAGAAGGCACGAACUUCACUUAGUGACACAUGGAGAGAAAAAAACCUGCAGCAGUAUAUUCUUUUUUUUUUCCUUUUUUUUUUUUUUCUUUUCUUUUUUUUCCUCUGUCAGAAACACUGAAGUUUUACAAAGAAAUGCAUCUGAAUCUACACAGAAUGAAGGCAGAUGCGGAGAGCUGCAACUAGGAGACACCACAACUCGGGACUUAUUUUUUUUUUUAUUCAUUUUUUCAGGAAAUUUUUAGCUAACUGCAUCUGUGGCUAGAGAACAGAUAGGACUCGCAAGCAGUACUGCAAAGGAACAAACAGCGAGGAAACAGAAUUGUACAAAAAAAAAAGUAGUAACCCAUACUCUGAAGAAACAAAAAACAAAAAAUUGGGCACCUUCUAAAAUGAGGCUACCAGGAGGUGCUGAGGUAGACGGAACUAUAACAUCAAUUAAUUCCAAACACUAGUUUUAAUACAGAGCAAUCAGACUGGCACUUGGGCUGUCACGACAUAAAAGACAAGCGAUGAAAGAAAGCCUUAGUUUGCUUGGUCCAGCAGGGCAGUUGGUCCUCAGUGCUAUAAUAUACAUAUAUAUACUUAUAUAUAUAUGGAUAGGUGUCAUGGAGCUUAACCAUGGCUUCGCAGCCUUAGAAGUUCAUGCAUACGUAACACUAUGUGAAACAAAUACUAGGAUGUGCACUCAAACACUGGGACUGGGUGUGGGAGAGGCACCGUGCUAUGCUGCACUGCCCAACAUGGGGACAUACUGGCAUGGCACAGCAUGUGGCUCAGCAUGGUACGGCACACAGCAUGGCGCAUGGCACAUGCCAGGUGCUCGCCAUGAGCACUGCAGAGGGAAGCUAGCCACCACAUCAACCUCUAGCUGGGCAACCCAUCAUCAGACACAGCCUUGCAGUGACUCUGCUCGUGCUGUUUGGGAGCCAACGGGAAUCCCGAUUCACAUUCUGCACCAUGCUGAGCUCUGAAGCCAAACGAUGCCAAUGUCUGUGUUAGGGGAGGAAGGGGACAGUGAGAGGGGAGGGAACAUAAAAGCAACAAAAGCCACGUGAGCUCAGCUGAGCGCUCAGCAGUACCAUGACACCCACGACCAGCAGUACCAAUUCACUGCAAAAAGGUACCAUAUACUUGUGAGAAAUUGCAGCAACCGUUUAUGUGAAAGAACUGGUGUGUUGUUUUGUUGUUGUUGUUGGUUGUGUGUAUGUGUGUGUUUCUCUUUAGGCACAAAGAUUAAACAAGCCAUUCUCCAAAGUUACAUCCUGGAUUGUACUACAUCAGCAUCUGCCCCGCUUCACCUCCUCGGCGCGGAGCAGCCAAAGUGCCACUGCUCGCAGGUGCACACGGGGCAUUGCUGCACGGUGCUCUGCACGGACAGACCCUCCCAGCAGCACCACCACGGCUCAGGGCCCCCAUCGCAGCCCCCUGCCCCCAUGAACACCCCCCAGCAAGCCCUGUGCACGGCCAAAGGGCGAUGCUCUGCAGAUGAACAAUUGCAAACCCACCCCACUCGGUGCUCAGACAGAGCUGCACAGCUCCCCAAAGCUCGCGGCAUCGAUGCCAGCCCUGCAGUGCACCCCGGGCUUUCACAUUACAGAUAACGCUCAACUGCUCCGCUUUCCUAUUCAAGUUUCACAGUCCCCUCCCUGCAGCACCGACACACCGCCGGGCUGCGCCCUGCCCCACCACGCUGUCACACGGCAGCGAAUUCCCCAGAUUAAGGCCUUCACGUUUCCGACAGUGAGGGAGCAAGGGGACAGGGGACAGCAGUACAGACACCCUGCUCUCUUCCCUUUACUCCCAUCUACAAAACCUUUCCCUAACUCUUCCUGCCACCCACCCCACCCCCUUCCCUUCCCCAAUUUAAUACAAACGCAGCUAAAUUACAAAAUAAUACACCAUUGCAAGUAAAGCAUGAGAUGAAAACCCAAAUGGCAUCACAAAGCAAACAAAUAUUGCAAACUGUGCUUCUGUCACUGCAAAAAAAAAAAAACAACAACAAAAAAAAAUCAGAAAACAACAAAAACAAACA